AUGGAGAAGAAGCAAGAAAGGAAGGGCAACGACAGCGGAAGUGGAUCGAUCCAGCAGAUCCCGGAGGAGUGCCUGGCCAAGGCCAUCGGGCUGACAUCGCCCGCGGACGCCUGCCGGGCCGGGGCGGUGUCGGCCGCCUUCCGGUCGGCGGCGGACUCGGACGCCGCGUGGGAGGGCUUCCUGCCGCCGGACUGCGACGCGAUCCUCGAGCGGGCCGUCCACCUCGUGGAUUUCUCGUCCAAGAAGGAGCUCUUCCACGACCUCAGCGACGAGCAUGUCCUCCUCGACGAUGGCAAAAGGAGCUUUGGGCUCCACAGAUCGAGUGGCGCCAAAUGCUACAUGCUGUCUGCGAACGUGCUGGAAAUUGCUUGGGUUGGUGUGGAUCUUUACUGGACAAAGAGGUCCGACCCAGAUUCAAGGUUCUCCAAGGUGGCUGAGCUUGUGGCGGUGUGCUUGUUUCACAUCCAUGGCAUCAUCAGCACCAAGGAGCUCUCUCCUGGUACCCACUAUGCGGCGUACCUUGUCUUCAAGCUCACCCACCAUGCCUCCGGCCUUAACUCUCCAUGCCAGCGAUCGCGCGUCGACAUAGGCGAGCAACUGGUGCGGAGCGCCCAUAGGGUGUCUCUCCACCCCUGCAAUCGUGCUUGUUCCGCUGGUAAUGACCAAAUGUCGAUGAUGAAUGGUGGCACAAAGUUGCACGAGCACGAGGAUGAAGAAGGAGGCGGUGCCAUCAGGUACCCAUGCCCACGGACCGAUGGCUGGUUGGAGCUGGAGAUGGGCGACUUCCACACAUCCACAAGCGUUGAUGAUGCAGAUGUUUACAUGGAGCUGCGGGAGUCCGAGGAGCCGCAAUGGAAGAAGGGACUAAUCAUCGAAGGAAUUGAAAUAAGGCCCAAGAACUAAUUGAUAUGAUAAUCCUCCGUAACAGCACUAUCGUAGUUCAUGUUUUAUUUAAGAUGUGUACCGCUAAUAAAUUGUUUUACAGUGACCUAAUAUCUGA